AUGCCGUCCGGCACCGGCGUCGUCGACGCGUUCAAGAAUCUCAUUCGUCACGGACGAAACCACAACUCCGCUGCGCGGCAGCAGGAGGAAGCUGCCUCCCAGCAGGCGUCUCUACAGCAGGCCCAGCAGCGCGUCGCAGAUGAACAGUCUCGGCAAUCGCGAGAAGCCGCGACACAGGCCCAACAGCAGCAAACACAGAAGCAAGCAUCCCCCAAAUACAAGGAGCACGUCGAGCAAAUCGUUCAGGAGGAACGCGAGGCCAAGGGCAAGAUGCCCGUUUACAAGGGCCUCGAGAACUACAAGCUAGUCGAGAAGAUGGGCGAUGGUGCCUUCUCGAACGUAUACAAGGCCAUCGAUCUCCGAUCCGGGCAGAAGAUUGCAGUCAAAGUUGUUCGCAAAUAUGAGUUGAGCGCGUCCCAGGCUGGCGACAAGCACCUCAACCGCGAGUUCAAAAAGAAGCCGCGGGUCACUGAGAGGGCGAACAUCCUCAAGGAGGUCCAGAUCAUGCGGGGCAUCACACAUCCAACGAUAGUGAAGCUCCUAGCCUUCUUCGAAUCGCCGGAGCACUAUUUCUUGGUACUCGAACUGAUGGAGGGCGGCGAGCUAUUCCACCAGAUUGUCAAGUUGACAUACUUCAGCGAGAAUCUCGCACGGCACGUCAUCGUACAGGUCGCGCAAGGCAUACGAUACCUGCACGAAGAGCGCGGCGUCGUACACCGUGAUAUCAAGCCCGAGAACCUCCUCUUCGAGAGGAUACCUAUCGUCCCCUCCAAGAACCCCGUUCCCAAGCAGUUCGAAGAGGAUAAGGAGGACGAAGGCGAGUUCAUUCCCGGCAUCGGCGGAGGCGGCAUCGGGAGGGUCAAAAUCGCAGAUUUUGGCCUGAGCAAGGUUGUCUGGGACGAGCAGACGAUGACGCCAUGCGGUACGGUGGGGUAUACUGCACCCGAGAUCGUGAAGGACGAGCGGUAUUCUAAGAGUGUGGACAUGUGGGCCAUGGGUUGCGUGCUCUACACGUUGCUCUGCGGCUUCCCACCAUUCUAUGACGAGAGCAUCAACGUGCUGACGGAGAAGGUCGCCCGCGGGUACUACACCUUCCUGAGCCCUUGGUGGGACAACAUCAGCUCUGAUGCCAAGGACCUCAUCACCCACCUCCUGUGCGUGGACCCCGCUCAACGAUACACCAUCGAUGAGUUCCUGGCACACCCAUGGAUCACCGCUGCUCCUGCCCCUCCGCAGGCCACACCUUUCUCGAGGUCGCGUGCACCAUUAGAUUCGCCGCUUCUCGCCGACGCUCGCGGCGGAACCAGGGAGGCUCGUUCGCCCGGUGUCGCUCAACUCAAGGAGGCGUUCGACAUCACUUAUGCGGUACAUCGAAUGGAAGAGGAAGGCGCCCGACGGAGAGCUCAGAAAGGUGGCGCGAAUCGCGGCUUCCUCCAGAAUCUCAACGAGAGCGACGAGGAGGAAGACAUCCCUAAGCAGGCACCCACCGGCACCGCGGCGAAGGUCGUGGCGAAGCGUGCGGUGCAGGGUGGUGACGCGUACGAUGGCCGUGCCGGCCAGCGUGAUCGGGGACGGCGAACGGGUGGCGGGCCGAAACCAUUCGAACUUGACCUCGACGGCGCGACGCUAUUGGGCCGAAGACAUAAGCGCGGCGUCGAUGGAGGGGUUGGCACCUACGGCGGGAGCCCGCUCGCCCUGGGCACUACCAGCUCGCCAGAAGACCACCCGAUGGAGACGCCAAUGAGUCCCAUGCGAGUCGACUAGACCCGGCCGGCGAUUUCCUCUUCCCCUCCUUCGACCCGCCAUUCACCCCUGGCAGUCUCCGGCGCUCUCCAUCUCCGGCCGAUUACCCCACUCUGCUCUCCGUUACCCCGCGCCCGCCUUCCCCGCCUCCCAUAUCACCUAGACCCGUCUCGCGCUCUGACCAUCGUGUCCCACUGGUCCUCUCAUGUGUGUACUAUCAUCGCAAACAGGAUACGUUACGGUGUAUAUCUUAUUCCAGCCCCGGUUUCCCGCUGACCCCCCGCAACCCUCUGAACACGACUUUGCAA